UUUUGGGGGAAAGGAAGGGCAGUUGGAGCCAGCAGAAAGGUACGGUAAUCGCGCCCGCGGUCUCCCAACACACGCGCACUGCUUCUCUCCAUUAAAUUCCUUCUCCUCAAAGGUGCUUCUCAGAAUGAACUGAUAUACAGAGAACGUGCUGGGGGUGGCGCUUAGUUAACACGCGUUUAGUGUAGUAGUUAGACUCCAAAAAUCCAUUUCCCUUAGUGAGUGUGCUGCAGCGUACAACUGACACGAAAGGGACAGGAACCGUGUUGCGAUUAACGUGUGUGUGUGUGUUACGCGGGGUGGGAGGAAGCAAACUAUCCGGCUCCGAUGUGCACUAUGAAGCCGCUCCUGGGUCCUCAGAGGCAGGCAGGCAGGUGCGCGUCCCUCUGCAGGGCGCUGGCGUCCGUCCCGUCCAGGCAGGCAGCCCGGAGGAGGAGGCGGUGGGCGGGCAAGCAAGCAGGCAGGCAGGGCAGCCGGGGAGGCCCCGUCGGGGCUCCGAGCUCCGCCGAAAGGAGGCGAGGCCGGUCAAAGUUCCCAGGAGGUUGGACACUAGAGGGCGAUGCCCGGCUCUGCCUGCGAAACACGGGGUAUAAAUAGGAGGCCGAGGGCUGGAGGAGGCAGCCCGGGAGCAAGCCGAGAGCCGAAGAGAGUAGGAAGGACUCAUCCGUGCAAGCGGCAGAGUCGGUGCAGCCUCAGCCUGGAGCCAGCGGGUCCCCCACCAUGCGCCGCGGCGGCCCGCUUUAGCUACUCCAUGGAGUCGGGCAACUUCUACGAGGCGGACUCGCGGCCCCCCCAGAGCAGCGCCCUCCAGCCGCACGCCCUGCAGCCCGCGCAGCAGCAGCAGCAGCGCCACCAGCCCGCUUCGCCCGCCGGGGCGCACCCGCACCUGCCCGCCGCCGGCGCCUACGGCUACGCGGCCUCCGAGUUGCCCGACAUCUGCGAGCACGAGAACUCCAUCGACCUGAGCGCCUACAUCGACCCGGGCGCCUUCAACGACGAGUUCCUGGCCGACCUCUUCCAGCACAACAAGCAGGAGCGCGCCGCCAAGGCCGGUCUGGAGUACGGCGUCGGAGCCGGGAUGCCGGGCGUCGGCUUCCCGCAAGGCGGCCCGCUCUACGGCUACGCGGACAAGCUGGAGGCCGGCGCGGCCUACGAGCGCCUGGCCGGGGGACCGGCGCUGCCCGGCCUGCGCCCGCUGCUCAUCAAGCAGGAGCCCCACGAGGACGACGAGGCGGCGGCGCUGGCCGCCCUCUACCCGCCGCCGGCCGGGCCCAACUGCAGCCACCUCCAGUACCAGGUGGCGCACUGCGCCCAGACCACGGUGCAUCUGCAGCCCGGCGGGCAGCCCACGCCGCCCCCCACGCCGGCGCCCAGCCCCCACGGCGGAGCCCACCACCCGCACCACGCGCACCACCGGCUCCACGCGGCGGGCGGCGGCGGCGGGUCCGCGGCGUCGUCGGGCAAGUCCAAGAAGCUGCUGGACAAGAGCAGCAGCGAGUACCGCGUGCGCCGCGAGCGCAACAACAUCGCCGUGCGCAAGAGCCGCGACAAAGCCAAGCAGCGCAACGCCGAGACGCAGCAGAAGGUGCUGGAGCUGAGCAACGACAACGAGCGGCUCCGCAAGCGCGUCGAGCAGCUCAGCCGAGAGCUGGAGACCAUGCGCGGCAUCUUCCGACAGCUGCCCGAGAGUUCGCUCGUCAAGGCCAUGGGCAGCUGCGCCUGAGCGCGCGCCCCGACGGAGCCGGACUCCGACCCGCGCCGCCGCUGCAGCC